AUGAUUAUUAAGUUGGUGAUUGGAGAGUGCACUCUAAACGUUGUUAGCGCCUAUCCGCCGCAUGCGAGCCCAGAUGAAGAGGUUAAACGACAUUUCUGGGAGGGGUUAGAUGAGAUUGUGCGCCAGGUUUCGCCUGCUGAGAAGCUAUUCAUAGAAGGGGAUUUCAAUGGUUAUAUUGGGUCGACCACAGGUGGUUAUGGCGAGGUGCAUGGAGGCUUCGGUUUUGGGGAGAUGAACGGAGGAGGUACCUCGUUAUUGGACUUCGCUAAGGCUUUUGGGUUAGUGAUUGAGAACUCUACCUUUCCGAAGAGGGAUGAGCAUUUGGUCACUUUUCGAAAUGCGGUGGCGAAGACUCAAAUUGACUAUCUCCUCCUCAGGAGGUGUGACAGAGGGUUAUGCAAGGAUUGCAAGGCGAUUCGAAGAGAGAUACUCGCGAUGCAGCAUAGACUCUUGGUGAUGGACAUUGGUAUUAUGUUAAAGAGAAGGAACAGGUAUGCUCGAGGAAGACCGAGAAUCAGGUAG